AUUUUUUUCCUCUUCCAAGUCUUCGGAUCUAUUACGGUAGUGCCUUUCCUCCCCGCCUUCCAUUUGUUUGUAUUAAUGAUUUAGUAGCCGUCUUGCCUGAAAACUUCCACCGUGAGUGACUGCUGUGGGUUUUCAGGCAGUCAGUGACCUUAAAGGUCCUGCAAGCUCCGUGAGUGCCAAGCAGUGAGUUAUGGGCUGGGUAUCCGCCAGUGCAUCAUGAAGAUUGACUUUAUUUUUGCCCUCUUGAGGUUCACAUGCUUUAUGAAUUUGCUCUCUCUUCUGUCUCACUGCCACCACCGUCAAUAUUGUCAUCACUUCUAGAAAACAAGAAUUUUAGGCUUGGACUUCAGCUCUACCUUUCCUUACUUCUGGAACACCAGUAUCACCUUUGUGUUCUACCAAAACAAAUCACUGUGGGUUAUUUUGCCCUUCACAAAAGUACACUAUCUGGAGAAGUCUCUUCAUGUAUCCUGUGCUUCUGAGAUAAAAGCUUCUGAAUCCUAAAGGAUAAUUGAGAUCUUUCCCUGCGGAGGAGACAUUUCCUCUUGGUCACGUGAACGUGCUAUCUCAGUUUCCACUUACUCUCCCACUCUGUCACUCUUUCUGCUCUCCUCCUCUUCUCUUUGGAUUUAGCACUUGGUGUUGACUGCUGGGGUUCUCCUCCCAGUAGUGUGGCUUCUGUUUUUCUCCUAGGGAAGAGCAGGUUGAAACAAUGGGCUUCACUCUGCAUUCUGUCUACUUCACCUUGAAGGUGAGUUUGCUACUGGGCUCCUUGCUGGGUCUCUCUUUGGGUCUGGAGUUCAUGGGCAUCCCCAACCAGUGGGCCCGCUACCUCCGCUGGGAUGCCAGCACUAGGAGCGAACUCAGCUUCCAGUUCAAGACCAACGUCUCUGCUGGGCUGCUUCUCUAUUUUGAUGAUGGUGGUGUCUGUGACUUCCUCUGUCUGUCCCUUGUUGAUGGGCGCAUCCAGCUCCAGUUCAGUGUGGACUGUGCAGAGACAACAGUUAUCACAGACAAGCAGGUAAAUGACAGCAACUGGCACUUCCUGAUGGUCAGCCGCAAUCACCUUCGGACGGUGCUAGUGCUGGAUGGCGAGGCCAAGCCGGGUGAGGUGCGUCCACAACGCCAGUAUAUGAAUAUCGUCAGUGACCUUUUUGUUGGUGGAGUCCCACUGGACAUCCGUCCUGCUGCCUUGACUCUUGAUGGUGUUCUGAGUGAGCCUCCAUUUCAAGGAUUUAUCCUGGAUCUGAAAUAUGGCAACUCUGAGCCACAGCUCCUGGGUAGUCAAGGGGUCCGACUGGAAAUGGAAGGACUUUGCUCAGAAAACCCCUGUGAAAAUGGUGGCACUUGCUUCCUUCUGGAUGGCGAGCCACACUGUGACUGUUCAGCCACUGGAUAUGCUGGCAAGCUGUGUUCUGAAGAUGUCAAUCAUAUUCCAGGCCUCUCACACCUGAUGAUGGGUGAACAAGGUAGAAGUAAAGCACGAGAUGAGAAUAUGGCCACUUUCCGUGGUUCCGAAUACCUUUGCUAUGACCUGUCACAGAACCCCAUCCAGAGCAGCAGCGAUGAGAUCACUCUCUCCUUCAAGACAUGGCAACGCAACGGGCUCAUUCUGCACACCGGCAAGUCAGCGGAUUAUGUCAACCUGGCCCUGAAAGACGGUGCGGUCUCGUUGGUCAUUAACCUGGGGUCUGGGGCCUUUGAGGCCAUUGUGGAGCCGGUCAAUGGCAAGUUCAAUGACAACGCGUGGCACGACGUUAAAGUGACACGCAACCUGCGGCAGCACUCAGGCAUUGGACACGCUAUGGUGACAAUCUCUGUGGAUGGCAUCCUUACCACCACGGGCUACACGCAGGAGGACUACACCAUGCUGGGCUCAGAUGAUUUCUUUUAUGUGGGAGGGAGCCCCAGUACUGCUGAUUUACCUGGCUCUCCAGUAAGCAACAACUUCAUGGGCUGCCUCAAAGAGGUUGUUUAUAAGAAUAAUGACAUUCGUCUGGAGCUGUCUCGCUUGGCACGGAUUGGUGAUACUAAGAUGAAGAUCUAUGGGGAAGUGAAAUUCAUAUGUGAAAAUGUGGCUACGCUGGAUCCCAUCAGCUUUGAGACACCUGAGGCCUAUAUUAGUCUGCCUAAGUGGAAUACCAAAAGGAUGGGCUCUAUCUCAUUUGACUUCCGAACCACUGAACCUAAUGGACUGAUCCUUUUCACCCAUGGCAAACCUCAGGAGAGGAAAGAUGCCAGAAGCCAGAAAAAUACAAAGGUAGACUUCUUUGCAGUUGAGCUUCUAGAUGGAAACCUCUACUUGCUGCUGGACAUGGGUUCUGGGACCAUCAAAGUCAAGGCCACCCAGAAGAAAGCCAAUGAUGGAGAAUGGUAUCAUGUGGACAUUCAACGAGAUGGAAGAUCAGGUACUAUAUCAGUGAACAGCAGACGCACCCCAUUCACCGCUAGCGGGGAGAGCGAGAUCCUAGAUCUGGAAGGCGACAUGUACCUUGGUGGGCUGCCUGAGAACCGGGCAGGACUCAUCCUUCCCACAGAGCUCUGGACAGCAAUGCUGAACUAUGGCUAUGUCGGCUGUAUCCGAGACUUGUUCAUUGAUGGAAGAAGCAAGAACAUCCGGCAGCUGGCAGAGGCGCAGAAUGCUGCAGGAGUCAAGUCCUCCUGCUCCCGCCUCAGCACCAAGCAGUGCGACAGCUACCCGUGUAAGAAUAAUGCAGUGUGCAAGGAUGGCUGGAACCGCUUCAUCUGUGACUGCACUGGCACUGGCUAUUGGGGUAGAACAUGUGAGCGAGAGGCCUCUAUACUGAGCUACGAUGGCAGCAUGUACAUGAAGAUCAUCAUGCCUAUGGUUAUGCACACAGAAGCAGAAGAUGUGUCCUUUCGUUUCAUGUCCCAACGUGCUUAUGGGCUGUUGAUGGCAACCACCUCACGAGACUCUGCUGACACUCUGCGCCUGGAGCUCGACGGAGGCCGUGUCAAACUUAUGGUCAAUUUAGACUGUAUCAGGAUAAACUGUAACGCCA